AUGUUUACACAUUUCAAUUUCCAACAUUCAUGCAAUACAUUUGAUACAUUUUAUUGUGCAGAAGAUGGGUGCUUGAGGUCUUUUAAUCUAAAAAACUCUUUCCGAAAACAUUUACAAAAACAUAUUUUAGAUGAAGAACUACAUCCUUCGACUUCCCAAACCGAGUUAAAAAACAAUUUCCCUUCAGAUAAAAUUAUAAAUAUUGAUAACUACUCUAAUGAUUUUUCUCCCGAGAGUCCAGAUACAGCAAAUAAAACUAAAACUAUUAACCCCGCUGAAAUAUUGAACAAGUCUAUUGCUAAUUUUAUUGCAUCUUUAUAUGCUAAUCCAAUUAUACCUAGAAAUGUUAUACAAAUAGUUGUUGAUGGUGUGGAACAGAUUUUUUCUGAGGGUAUAGUUAUUUUCAUUACAAAUUAUGUUGAACAAGUAUCAAACAAAAAUAAAAUUCCUGAAAAUUAUUGCUCUAUGUUUAAUGAUGUUGGAAGUAUUAUUGAGAAUGCUUUCGUUUGUUUUAAAACUGAACAUAAGAGAUUUCGUUACUUUGCUGAGUCAGAAUCUUAUGUAGAACCUAAAGAAAUUAUUAUUGGCCAACGUUUAAACAGAAUAAUAAAAAAAGGUGUGUCUAUUCUUGAACCUAUUAGCUGUACUGAACAAUUUAUACCCUUGAGAAACGUUCUGAAACAAUUUUUUUGUCUUGAAAAUGUCCUUAGUGAAACCUUAGAAUACUUGUCUAGCUUAAUGAUAAAUGAUAAAAGUGUUAUAGGAAAUUUUGUUCAGGGUACCUUUUGGCAAAGCAGAAUGAAAAAAUUUAAUGGUAAAACCGUUUUACCGCUCUUCAUGUACUUUGAUGACUUUGAAAGUAAUGUACUUGGGAGUCAUUCGGGUGUUCAUAAAGUGGGAGCAGUGUAUGUAUCUAUCCCAUGUAUACCACCUCAUCGUACAUCAGUUUUAAGUAAUAUUUUCCUUGCUUUACUUUUUCAUUCUAGUGAUAGAGUGGAAUUCGGAAAUAAUGUUAUUUUUAAUCCUUUAAUUAAUGAACUAAAUUAUUUGCAAGAAACUGGUAUAGAAAUAGAUACUCCUGUAUUUAAAGGUGUAUUGUACUUUGAUUUGGGAUUAAUUAUCGGAGAUAAUUUAGGAAUCCACUCAAUUAUUGGUUUUACUGAAAGUUUUUCCUCAAAUUAUUCAUGUCGAAUUUGUACUAUAAAAAAAAAUGAUUUAAAAUUUCAAUGUUACGAAGAUGAAAGUAUGCUAAGAUCUAUUGAUCAAUAUUAUAUGCACUUGGAAAUGAACGAUCUAAGUGCAACUGGCAUAAAAGAAAAGUGUGUGUGGUUAGAUGUUAAAAAUUUUAAUUUGUUUGACCAAGUAGGCGUUGAUAUAAUGCAUGAUAUUCUUGAAGGAUGUGCGAAGUAUAUCAUGGGUUUUAUUAUAUCUUAUUAUGUCAAGGACCUAAAAUUAUUUUCGUUACAAGUUUUAAAUGAUAGAUUAUUUGCAUUUGAUUUUGGUCCUGAGAAAAAUAAACCGUGUACAAUAAAUAUGGAUCACAUUGAUGUAGGAAAUGUAAAACAAUCUGCAUCUGAAAUGUUAAUAUUAGUUAGAUAUUUUGGAUUAAUAAUUGGCGAUCUUAUCCCUAUUGAAGAACCAGUUUGGAUUCUAUUUAUUACCUUACGUAAAGUUUUAGAUAUUAUGUUAUCACCUGCACUUGAAGAAGGAAGUAUUUAUUUACUAAAAACUUUGAUAGCAGAACUUAAUGAUCUUUAUUUAAAAUACAGUAACAAUUGUCUUAAACCAAAAUUCCAUUUCUUGGUUCAUUACCCAUCGAUGAUUAAAAAGUUUGGUCCUGUUAGUCAUAUUUGGGCAAUGCGAUAUGAGGCAAAACAUAGAAUUUUAAAAAUUUGUGCUAGGUCGUCAUUUAACAGAAGAAAUCUUUGUUUAACGUUAGCCAUUAAACAUAAAUUACAGCUCAAUGCAACAUUUUAUAAGGGUCGAUUGUGUGCUACUAUUGAUGUAGGUCCUCGGAAGAUCAUUAAUUCAAUUAAAUGUAAAAAAAUUAUUAAUGAACUCAAUCUCGAUUCCAAAGAAACACUAUUUCCUGUUACUUGGGCUACUGUUAAAGUAUUGGCUUUAACGAACAUGUUUCUGCUUAUGAAGUAA